CCUGCGUAUACGGACGGGGAUGGAUGUGGUGCUAUUAAUUUUGGCGCAACACUGUUGAUCGGUAAUUGAAUUUCCCGGGAGAUUUAUUACUGUUAUAUGUUAACAGCAACAAUCUAAUUGCUUUCCGAUUCCUUUUUUCCUCGAGAAAUCUCCCUUCCUAUUCCUUUUUCCUCACCCCCCCUUCCUUCUCCCUCUUUAUAUGUCUUAGGGUUUACGCCAUCUGUGCUGCAAGCUCGAUUCAGCAUGGAGAACCACACCCCACCCUCAAUCGAUCUCCACCCACCCUCCAAUCCCAAGACCCCAUCUCGGAUCCGCGCCCGGAAUUCAUCCAUUCAUUCACCAUCUCGGACUCUCUACAGCGAUCGCUUCAUUCCCAGCCGAUCAUCCUCCAAUUUCGCCCUUCUCAACGUCUCCCUCCCUCCCCAUUCUCCCUCCUCCGAAGAUUCCACCAAUGCCUAUACCGCACUCUUGAGGGCCGCACUCUUCGCUCCUGAUCGAGGCGGUGUCUUGCCUCCUUUGACUCCCCAUAUCUCCUCACCUCAUCUCCUCACUGCCCCUCCCAAUCGCAAUAUUUUCCGAUUCAAAACUGAGACUCGCAAAUCCUCCAAUUCUUUGUUCCCUUUCGUCUUUGAUGAUCACUUACCAGGUUUUCAUCCCAGUCCUGUCAAGGAUCCCAGGAAGGUGCCCAGAUCUCCUUUCAAGGUAUUGGAUGCGCCAGCUUUGCAAGAUGAUUUUUAUCUAAACCUUGUGGAUUGGUCUUCCAAUAAUGUUUUAGCUGUUGGAUUGGGGAACUGUGUAUAUCUAUGGAAUGCUUCUAGUAGCAAGGUAGUAAACCUGUGUGACUUGGGAAUUGAUGACAGUGUUAGCUCAGUUGGAUGGGCUCAACGUGGCACACAUCUUGCCAUUGGAACUAACAAUGGACAACUUCAGAUAUGGGACGCUUCUCGGUGUAAGAGAAUAAGAACCCUGGAAGGACACCGAUUACGAGUUGGUGCUCUAGCUUGGAGUUCAUCUGUUUUGUCUUCAGGAAGCCGUGACAAGAGCAUUCUUCACCGUGAUUUACGUGCUCAGGAAGAUUAUAUCAGUAAGCUAAGUGGUCACAAGUCAGAGGUCUGUGGAUUGAAGUGGUCACAUGAUAACCGGGAAUUGGCAUCAGGUGGAAAUGAUAACAGACUUCUUGUAUGGAACAACCACUCAACACAACCUGUACUGAAAUAUUGUGAGCACACUGCUGCUGUGAAGGCAAUUGCAUGGUCACCCCAUCUUCAUGGUCUUCUUGCUUCUGGUGGUGGAACUGCUGACCGAUGCAUUCGAUUUUGGAAUACUUCCACGAAUACUCACUUAAAUUGCAUGGACACUGGUAGCCAGGUAUGCAAUCUCGCAUGGUCUAAGAAUGUGAAUGAGCUGGUCAGCACACAUGGGUACUCCCAGAACCAAAUUAUUGUUUGGAGAUAUCCUACCAUGUCAAAGAUAGCAACUCUGACAGGGCACACGUACAGGGUCCUUUACCUUGCCAUAUCACCCGAUGGCCAAACAAUUGUGACUGGAGCAGGAGAUGAAACACUUCGCUUCUGGAAUGUGUUCCCUUCUCCUAGAUCUCAGAACACAGAGGGUGAGAUUGGCUCAUCUUGCCUGGGCAGAACCCAGAUCCGGUGAAAAUGCUCUCAACUUAAUUUUCCGCAUUACCACUUUUAUGGAGAAAUUAUUUUACAAGGCAUUGAGGCGAUGAUCUCUAUCACCUACUCACCUUUGCCAAAUACGUAGUAUUAUGUAUUUAUUUUUACUCGACCCAAUUUGGUGGAUCAUCAACUGGCCAAAAAAGCUGUACAGUGGGAGAGGUUGUUAUAUACUAUGUAUACUUCAUAUAAAAGCUCAAUAACAACACGCAGCCAGCAGGCGUGACUCAUGGUUGAAAGGGUGUGCUGUGCGUGCUAUGAAGACAUUUUUUUCGGGUUCAAGUGCAGGCAAACCAUCCAGUGUCCAUUAUCAUGCUCAGCAUCAGAUUGCUCAUAGUACAAAGCGAACACUAUGUCAACCAUAUUAACAUCUGAGUUAACCCCUCAAGGAUGGAGCUCAUCCUUUUUUUGAUAGAGAUAACAUACAUGUACGGGUCCAUCAAAUAUUCAUAUUUACCACUGCUCAGUGCUAUUCUUUUGUAAGUUAUAUAUUGAUUGACUGCUUAUGAAACAAACACCCGUGUAUUAUUAUUUUUUAAAAUAAAACGGGAUAAGGGCCUUGGCCUGG